CGCAGAACGCUUGACGCGGGCAGUCGAGCACUUAGUAUGGUGGUGUACGGUGCGUGUGACGUUUUGCUGUGUUGCGUAAUCGGUUAAAAAGAGCAAGCGAGACGGAGGAAAGCAUCAAAUCGUAGAGGCGAAUUCAACCGUGCCUCGCGCUACCGUAAACGCAACAACACUGCCUGCCCCGGAUCAAGAGAUAUGCCGCAGAGUGGAGGCGAAUAUUGCUAGCGUUGUGAAGGAUGCGACUGGAUUUUCCGCUGACGGAUCGAUAACGAAGAACGAACAGCUUAACACGGGAAAAAUGUCGGCAAUGAAGUCUAGUGGUUCACCGGGAACCGCUCGUGUUUUACCCGUGCUGAGCCACUUUAAAUACGAACAUUUCAUCGCUGGUAUAUCUGGUGGCGUGGUUUCCACCUUGAUGCUGCAUCCGUUGGACUUGAUCAAGACUAGAUUCGCAGUUAGCGAUGGCCACUCACGUGUGGGUCCACAAUACAAGAGUCUUAAAAGCGCGGUUAUGCAGAUUGUUAAGACUGAAGGAGUGAGAGGACUUUACAGAGGUGUAACGCCGAACGUUCUAGGAUCUGGCGGUGCAUGGGGUUGCUAUUUCUUUUUUUACAAUACCAUUAAAACAUGGAUCCAAGGGGGAAAUAGCAGAAAACCUUUGGGACCCUCGAUGCACAUGUUCGCAGCAGCGGACGCUGGAAUUCUUACUUUAGUUAUGACAAAUCCAUUAUGGGUAGUAAAGACACGUUUGUGUCUACAAUAUAUGGAUGAUAAGCAUCUUCCGGAAACACUUAGAUAUAAUGGUAUGAUAGAUGCAAUUAAGAAGAUUUAUAGAACCGAAGGAGUUAGAGGCUUGUAUCGAGGUUUUGUACCUGGAAUGUUUGGCGUCUCACAUGGUGCUAUUCAAUUUAUGGUGUACGAAGAAUUGAAGAAUUGGUACAACAAUUAUUUGAAUGUUCCGAUUGAUACGAAGCUGAGCACAUGGGAAUAUAUUUUCUUUGCAGCAGUUUCAAAAUUAAUUGCUGCCGCUUCGACUUAUCCGUAUCAAGUUGUUAGAGCACGACUUCAAGACCAUCAUCACAACUACAGUGGCAGCAUACAUUGUAUUCAAUCAAUAUGGAGGUUUGAAGGUGGGAAUGGAUUUUACAAGGGUCUGUCUGCGAACCUGACCAGGGUGACUCCAGCGACCGUGAUCACAUUUGUGGUAUACGAAAAUGUGUCUCACUAUCUUCAGCAUAGAAAAACGAGGGAUGAAGAGCGAACUUUGCCGAUUUUGAUGAAGAAACUCGAAGAGAAUUAAGAAUAAAACACUUGUUAGAAAUUAUUUAAGAAUUAUUUAAGAAAUUGCAUUGUAAAAAAAAAAAAAAGGCCCGGUGCAGCUUUAAAAAAAAGUGGAUUCGAUAAUUGUGUUUAUUUUCAGUUAAAUCAAUCGACACAGAUUAUUUAUUUAUUCGAUCUGUCAACGAAAAUUUUAGCUAAAUUUACAAUGAUAGAAAUGCAUUUAAUCGAUUUAGAAAUCAAAUGAAAUAUUGGCUAAAUUUUCGUUUCGCUGGCAUUACUCUGUGUCCAUAAAUCUAAGAUAUUGAUCCUUAUACUGUUGCAAUGAAAAAUAUUGUAAAUAGAGUGAUUGAACUUAUAUUAAUAUUUAUCAGGAUUUUUUUUUUUUAUUAUUAUUAUUAAUUUUGCGAGACGUUGAACGUCGUUUAAUUUUUACAUCAUCACAUGAUGAAAUUACUUUAAACAAGCUGUGCACGCACAUAUACACAUAUCUUUAUAUAUAAUAUUCGAGAAAUUUUAGUUUUUUUUUCUUUAUAUAUUUAUAUAACAACUUGCUUCGCGUAUAUUUAUAUAUUUUUUUUUUUCGAUAAUAUUCUUCUUCCAUAGUUCUUAAGUAUUUUUACUUCGAUCAUUUUCAAUCUCUUAUCAUUGUUAGUUACAAUUAUAAUUUAAACGCUUCAUUUUUUUAUACAUAUAAGAAAGAACUACUAUAAAUUGCGUUGCUCCCUUUUCUCUUUUUAAAUGAACAGCCUUCGUACCAUGUCUCGUGAAUUUUUCGAUUGGAGCUUUUAUUAAAUGUCGAAAUGUUCCUUAAAACGAGAAACGAAUCAUGCGAAUACGAAAAUGAGAGGAAAGACGCAUGUAUUUUCUCUGAUUUAAUAAAUAUUACAAUAUUGUUGUAAAAAAAAAAAAAAAAAAAA